ACGUAGUAGUAUGAUGCACUGAUAUGAUGUCGAAUUUUGUUCGCAACAGCCAACAGAAAGGAGAGCGGAAAUUUCUUAGUGUUUCACGAAUACUAGGAUAUUAUUGAAGAGCUUUUUCGCGUGUUACAGUUUGAUAAACGAAGACGUAAUGGAGGACAAACAUCGUGAAGUUUUGAAAGCGAACAGAAUGGAAAUCGUUCGUGAUUUGGAUGUUGACAAUGCUACAUCAUUCUUGUAUUCGAAAAGCAUCCUAUCAGAAAAUGAUCGUGACGAGAUUAAAGCGAUUAAAACAUUGCAAUCUAAAAGUGAGAAACUCUUGGAUACUCUUCCGAGGCGAGGACCCGAAGCGUUUGGUGUUUUUGUGAAAUUCCUCGAUGAAACUCAACCAUUCUUGAGUAAAUACCUGAAACUCGAUACAGGUUUGCAAGGUUUGUUGACAAAAACAAAACGUUCAAAGCAACUUGUGGAUAUUCGGGAUGGACCAUCACACAGCCUCGAUGAUAAAAAGCUUCCCCAAGAAACUGAUGAAGAGUUAAAACCUAAGACGUUUGAUGACACCAGUGUUAAACCAGGAAAUGGUUCAGCACAUCAAGAUGGGAAGGGUUCAUGGACACCAAAUCAAGAGGUUGAACCUAUCGUGCGCAAAGAUGAUGAGGGUGAUGGAAGAAAGCGUCUGCAAAAAGGCAAACAUUCCUCAUCUCAUAAAGAUGUUAUCGCAAUGGAUGAUAUAUACUCAAUGACACACAGUCCACGUGGCGAAGCAUUCAUCAUCAACAAUAAAAUUUUUUUAGAGAGAUCAGGAAUGCAAAAAUACCCACGUAAUGGUACUGACGUUGAUCGUGAUGCUUUAUACGAACUGUUUACGGCCUUGGGUUUUAAAACCACAGUUUAUAACGACCAAACCACCAAGCAAAUCGUGGACCUUUUUCAUCGUUAUGCCUCAAUGGAUCACUCAAAUUAUGAUUGCAUAAUCUGUGCUGUUUUGACUCAUGGUGAAGAGGGGCUUUUUUAUGGUACUGAUGGCACAAUUCCAAUCAAAGAAUUGACGAGUGUGUUUCGAGGGCGUCUUCCUGGCAAACCCAAAUUAUUCUUUUUUCAAGCUUGUCAAGGUUUCGAAUAUAUGGAGGGGAUUGAUCUGAAAGACGGAGGAAGUCCGGUUGAAGCAAAAGAUGAAAUUGACGCCCCAGGAAACAACAAAAUUACGCUUCCUCUUGAGGCAGAUUUUAUGUAUGCAUAUUCUACUGUACCAGGCUACUAUUCAUGGCGCAACUCUGCCAAAGGCUCUUGGUUUGUUCAAGCCAUCGAUUCCGUAUUCCGAAAGUAUGCGAUUUCAACGGAUCUUCUUAGAAUGAUGACGCGCGUGAAUUGUGAAGUGGCAAAACAAAAGUCCUACACAAAUGAAUACUUCUCCGACAACAAGAAACAGAUUCCUUCAAUCGUGUCGCAGUUGCGAAAGGAACUUUACUUCUUUCCUGAACAUGUUCUGGAGGGUCAGCCAUAAAAUUCGUAUUUUGAUGUGGAUGGUGAUAUGAAAGACGGCAAGAGGAAAACGACAUUCAAGAAAAAUAAAUGUCUUGUUUCCUGAGUCGAUUCAGGUGUUUGAUAAUUUAUCAUAAUAUAUGAACUUUCUUGUGGCACUUUUUUAGGCGAUGACACACUAGGCGGGUUUUGUCUUCAUGGCUAUGGGACAAAAAGCUGGUUUGGUUGGAAGCAAUUGAAAUUUGUAUCAGUUGCACAGAGCAUAUUGCAGCUUUCUCAAUCAGAAAAUGUUUUUUGAGCACUACAAAUUGCACUUUACACUAACUUCGUUUUAGUGUUAUUUUUCUUUGCGAUGAAGAUGAAGUCUACCUUAGCAGCGAAGAGCUGUUUGUGAACUAUUAAUUCACUGUUGAAGUAUACGAUGGGCCAAAAGCCAACGAAAGAUAUGAGAAAUGAAUGAUUUGUUGAACUGAAAUACUAAAAUGUUAUACGUAUGUAAUUUGUCAAUUUGAUAAUGACUAUUGCAUUUUCAAAUUGAACAUUUCUUGUUUUCGAAAAUAAUAUAGUAAAUAUUUUGCACAAGUCACACGUGCACAUGUGAA